AAGUAACGGAGAAGGAGAGAGAGAAUGGAGUGUUGCGGAAGGCCGAACAGGAGCGACGUUCAUCUGUCCACGGAGGAAGAGGCUCAGAUCGAGGCGAAGACUAGGCAGUAUUUCGACGGCGUCGUUCCCAAGCGCCACACUAAGCCUCAGCGCAGCGACUAUUCUUCUCAAUACGUCGAUGAUCUUGCCGGCGACGUUAAGGAUGCCAUUCCUGAGAUGCUUCAAUUCCAACGCCUCGAGAAUCUUCCUCAUUCUCAGAAUUUGGCCGGCAAUGGAAACCAAGAGACAGAGGAAUUCGUGGAAACAGAGUAUUACAAGGAUCUUAACAGCGUUGACAAACAACAUCAUACGACGGGAACAGGGUUCAUCAAAAUGGGGGAAAAUGGCAAAUUCUUCCACAUAGAGCCAGAUAGUGACACCACACACCAUCCCUCUGGCAAGUGCAAUCCAGCAACUAAUGACUGGGUUCCAGCUGCUUCAAACGAGGUGGGCUUCAAUUCAGACAAACCUAGCAGGAGUGACAUUUGAAAGUUCCAAAUGAAGAUCUGGUGAUCCUGCAGAUCUCAGCUUCUAUGUUAGGUUGUGGGAAUUUCACGUUCUAUUAAAUGUUGGUGGCCAAAUGUAGAGAGGAAGAAGUUUAUUUUGGGUCUAAUAAGCUCAGUUUAUGAGGUUGCUCGCAUGUUAUAUUGUGUCUAUUGUUCUUCGUGUCCUUCAUAUUAGGUUCUAUAAACUUCACGUACUCCUUGUCAGUCAUGUUAAAUUUUCGUUUUAAAUUAGUACAAUUUUAUUUGGUAUUUAAAAGUCUUCAUAUGAUAAGUUUGACUUAUCUAAGAGUAAACUCUCCCCUCAAAUGCAACAUUUAGAUUUUGAGA